UAUACUACCUAGCUGUGAGGGGAAACCUGAUGCGGGGCGACACCCCAAGUAGCAAAUUCCUGGUAUCUAUAAUCUGUAGCCGAAAGACCAUAAUGGCGAGUUAUUAACCGCGCGCAAAGAGCGAGAAAGCAUUCGUUCGAAGAAUACAUGGGCGGCCGCCAUUUUGUCGUUCAUUUUACUCGACGCUUCGUUACUGAGGGGACACGAGCGACGGCGCUGGCGCGGCUGUGUUCCUGUUUUGUUAGACAUUAGUUAUCAAAAAGUAAAUGUGACAUUACUAUUACAUAAAAUUCGAAAGGCACAAAUAAUAUGCCUAUAAAUUCUCUAACUGUACAAAAGCUUUCAGCAUUAGCUAAAAUUUUGGACGCGAGUGCGAUUUAUUGGUCAUAACGUACGUCUUGAAAGUAAUGAAAUCGUAUAAUGAAGUGCUCUAAUGAAAAUCUAAUGCAGUGACAAAUUAUUUUAAAACUAUAUUUUUAUUUAUUUUGUGGUUUAAUUGAAAGUGCUUGAUUAACCUCAAAAUGGAUUUGGAGUACGAUCGCAAGUUCGAGGAGAUGAAGAAAUACAUUCCUUUUUUGGAAAAUAUGAUCAAAAGACUGGAAAAUACGAAUUCUGUGUCAAAUCCGAGACAGGCUCAGCUCGAUAAGAUAAGGUCUCUAAGAGAUCUUCUUAUGGACAAGAAAAGAAGAAUGAAAAUGGAAAAUUUACUGAAGUGUGAACAAGUUUUGGUCAAUUUGUACGAAAAAGUCGAACAGAGGGAUUCCUUGCCAGUCCUUAAAAAAGAUGGGAAUAUUUCGCAGAAAGACAAAACUGAUUUAAAUACAGUUAGAAACAAGCUAAAAUCAGCUGUGAUAAAAUUACAAAACGAAAGUGUAGACACUUUACCAGAAAUUGCACGCGCCAGUGAAACUGAAGAAGUAUGCGUGCCGGGAAGUAAAGAACCUGCAUUAUUCCAGCGCAGACCCUGUAACAAAUCAUCCAUGUCACCUACGCGUCCUAUCACUAACAAAAUAAAAGAAGGGUCUCCUCCAAUGUCUAAAAGAAAUUACACGCGGGUUUUACUUUCACCAGAAACAAAUCAAAAUCGCUGGUCUACUGAAGAGAAUUUGUCAGAGAAACCACUUUUUAGCAGAAGAUCACCGCGUCGACUCUCACCUUCUUAUCACAAAAAAGAACGCAAAAAACUAUCUAAAAAUAAAUCAAAGUUAAUGGAGUCCAAAGAUCUUAAUAUUACUUUAAAUGUGCCAGAAGAAAGCUUAAACUCAUUAAAUACGAAAGACAUUCUGACCAGGAUAAUAAACUGUAGUGAUAAUGAUGUAGACAUUGAUACAUUACGGGAAUUACGGACGCAAAUCCUUGGAGAGUUGAAAGAAACAGGGGCUAAUGAAGACAUAUCUGAUUUAAUUCUCAAAUCUUACAAAAAAAAGGCUAUCAAAGACCAAAAAGCUGAGGAGAUUGAAGAAGGAGAAUUAUCUGACAGUGAAAGUGAAGCAAUCGAAAGUAUAUAUGGCAGUUUAGUUAUAAUGGAAAAAGAAAAAUCAAAAAGUGUGUCCAAUAAAAUAUCUAAUGAGGAACCACGUAAAAUACAAAUAUGUCUUGUUAUUAACUCAGAUAAAAAUAAAUCUAAUACAACUAACGAAGAACAAGAUAAAACAUUGCCUGUCGGCUCAUCUGAUUUUGAAACACUUAGUAAUAACAGACAAAGUGAAAUAAAAAAAGAUUUAGCUAAAUCUAAUGAAUUUGGUAAAAAUGUAAAUACCGAAGAAAGUACAUCAAGUUUUGAACAAGUCAAAUCUCUUAAGGUUGAUGAUCAAACACAGGCACGAGUUGUUGUUAAUGAAAAUAAAGCCGUUGAACAAGAUGAAAGGAACGAACAACAAAAAGCUAUGGAAAAUGAUAUUAAACCGGAAAUAAAAUUGGUGAAAUCAAAAGAAAUUGAUAUGCCAUUAGACCUCGAUAAAUCAGGAGUUAAACAAAAUGAAGACAUUAAUAGGUAUGUACCUGAAAAUCGAUCGUGCAGCAAAAUUUUACAAAAUGAAUCAAGUGAACACAUUGGUGAUAGUAGUCAAAAUGCAAACAAAUCCAAUGAAAUUAAUGAACAAAAUUCGAAUGUUGAAAUACCUUUGCUAGAACCCACACAAAAAGUAUCGGAAAUUGAUAUUUUACAAGCUUUAAAAAAAGAAAUACUGAGUGAAACAGAUAAUGUUCUUAGUUCAGACGCAGAGACACCAGCUUUACAUCAACCAAAAAUAACAAAAGUAGGUAAUGCUCACGAAAUAGGGUCUAAGAAGAGAAUAUCAAUCGAGAACUAUAAAGCUAAAACAAAUACCCCUUUAAAAAAUAUUCUUGGUAACGAAAUAUCUUCCAACAUGAACAAAGAUGAUAUUAAUAGAAAACAGAGUUUGAAACUGACGGAGAAGGAGUGUGAACGUUUUAAUUUUCCAUCUAAGUUAACAAUAGAUGAAAGUUCAGACGAUGAAGACAAGUCUCUUUUAUCUGCGGAUGAUAUUUACGAAAAUUUAGCCCCUAAAUCACCCGAUCACGAAGAUUUUGCAGAUACAGGUAUCAAACCACCAGUAAUUAUUCCAAGUGAUCCUGUUGAAACAACAAUUGUGCAUUCAGAGGCUGAUAUAGAUAUGAGAAAAAUUUUACCAGUUUUGCAGUGUAAUUUGAACUCUGAUGUACUUAAUGCCUUAUCGUUUUGUAAAGAUAAUACGAUAAAAUCUUUUAGUACAGAAAAGGAUAAAAUAAAAAACAACGAUAAACUUACAACUCCAUUACUAGAUCCUAGAAUGAAAAAAGAUAUAAACGCUUCUAUUAAUCCCGAGAGCCCUAAUCCAUAUAUAAUGAAUAUUGACAAAACAUCCAGAUCAGUUAUUAAUUACGGAAAUUGUACAUCAAAUAUAAAUGUACUACAAAAUAUGAACUCCAACUCAUCAUUAAUAGGAAAUAUGAAUUCGGGAUUAAACAGAUCUAUACUAUCACCAAACUUGCCUAGUAAUGUGACGCCAAAUAUUACACCAAAUGUGGUUUCUAAUUUGGCACCUAUUAUGACUCAAAAUGUACCAAAUAUGACACCUAAUACGAGAUCCUACGAUAUGACACCCUCCCGACAAACAGUUGAUAACGAGGAUUAUUCUAAUCAAAAACACGUGUAUGCUCCUAUGUUUCCCAUUGUUGAUACGCGGGAUCAUAGUGAGAAACAAAAAUGGGAUAAUUUGGAUAAUAAUGGAUUACCUUUUUGGGAAGACCCGCGAAGCAUUCCGAUCCAAAGAGAUACGGAUUAUAGGGAUCUAAGGCAAAGAGACGGUGAAUAUAACCCCGCUUUCGAACAUUAUAGAGAUAGCCCCAGAAAUGAUCGGUAUAAUUUUGAAAAAAUAGAACAAUGCCAUAGAGCAGAGUGUCCAACAACCCCAAGUCAUCCUUUUGGGCGAUUAGAUUGUCCAAAAUCAUCAACUUCUUUUGGGAAAAUGGAUUUGCCUAUGACCCCUGUUCAUCCCUUUGGCAGAUCUGAUUGCCCAUCGACCCCUAACCAUCCUUUUGGCAGAUCUGACUGUCCAUCUACGCCUAGUCAUCCUUUUGGUAGAUCUGAAUGUCCAUCUACCCCUAAUCAUCCUUUUGGACGAUCAGAUCCGUUAAUUCCUAUGCCGUUCGUCAGACCCGAUUUUAAUCAUAUUCCAAAUCAAUCUUUUGGAAAACCGAUUGAUCCAAGGUUCAAAAGAGGUUCAGACUAUGAUAUGUAUCACAACCGUGACGAUGAUAGAGACCAUGGUUUUUAUCAAGAUCGUAAUUUCAAUUCGAGCUCAUAUAAGCCUGAUCACAAUAAUAGAAAUAACAAUCCUGAAUUAUUUAGAAAGUACCAAAGAGAACAAAGCUUAGGAAGAAAUGACAGGAAUAAAAACUAUGAUCACAACGCUCGUAAUUAUAAAGAAUCACGCCGUGAGACCAGUGUCGGACGAUAUAAUAGAGAUUAUGACAACGAUAGACCAUAUAAUAGAAAUCACGGUUCAACUAAUAGGAAUUAUGAUUACCGUCAGCAAAAUGAGUUUAAAAACUAUGAUAAAGACGAACGACGUAGUUAUAAACGUGAAAAAAGCGUUAGCCGGAUGACCUCACACUCGUCAAUAAGAGAUCCUAGCGUUGGUCGGUCAUUUCCCAAAGAAAACCAAGUAUCGGUUCAACGCAAUGCUGAUCAUUCUUUUACUAUUGAUACAAGUGUUAAUAGUACAUUUCAAGAAUAUAAUAAUCACAAAAACAGAUUUUCAAGUUUUGAUUCUCGAAGACAGCGGGCUGCAAGUGUUGGACGAACUUUAGCUCGCGGUUCAAGUCCAAACAAGGUUGUCAAUAAAGAGACGAAAGUUGUAUUUAAUCAUUUUGAAAAUAAAAAUAGGAACCUUAGUUUUCGUCGAGCUUGCAGUGUUGGAAGGGAAAUAAAAGAUAAUAAACUUGACUUUAAAGACAUUAAAGCAGACUUAAAGUCAUUUAAAUUGAAAGGAGAAUCAAGGUGGGAUAAAGUAGAAACUAACAAAGAAGAAAGUAGAAAAUAUACUGAAGUCGUCAGAAAUUCUGAACCCCGUAGUAAAAAGGAAAUUCAUAAGAGCCAUAUUAAAUCAAGUCAAGGUAAUUUAAAAUAUACACCAAGACAAAAUAAUAGAGACCCGAGAAUGCGACGUGAGAAUUCAUAUGAAUAUAAGAGUUCUAAAGAUAAUAGUAGAAGUAAAUCGAAAGAUUCUAAAAGUUUCGGUAUUGUUUAUUCCAAUGAUAAUAUUACAAAGGGAACUAUAUUAGGCCCAGGUUACGGUGUAAAAAACUAUAAAAUACCUAAAAUAAAACGUCCUCCAGAAACGGUUAUGGACAAGGAAAUCAACUCAAACAAAUCGAAAGAAAGUGAAAACACAGAUAUAGAUAAUAGAACAGAAGAUGGUAAAAGCAACUUAAGUAAGAGUAUUAUCGAUAAAAACGAAAGUACUACAACAAAGAAUAAAAUUUGUGAUCCUAAACAUAUUACUAAAGAAAACAUUGCAGAACUGAUAAAUAAUCAAAAUAAAUUGAAAGGACCGAAAUGUGAUUUAGAUGUCUCAAGUAAAGUGAAGGUAACGGAAAACCCGAAAUCAAAAAAAGCUCACGAUAUGAAACAAAAAAACAGUGAUGAUGUUCUAAUUGAUAGUUGUAAAAAUCAUGAAAUCGAAAGACAAAAUAUUUCAAAUCAUAUUGUUAACUCAUCAAUUGAUACUGUCGAAAAACGAGUAACAAGGUCUACGAGUAAAAGCUUGUCGUUGGAUUCUUCUGUAGAUAUUUCUCCUGUUAAACGAACAAAAAGGGGGAAAAAAACAUAUGUUUACGACACAGAUUCGGAUGAUAACGAUAAGAAAAUAAAAAAUACGGUAUGUGAUAAUUCAACACUAUCUAACAAAGACACAAAUAACGAAAAGUCUUAUGAUAUUGGGCAGACUAAUGAAGUGACAUGUCAAAAAGAAGAUUCAAAUUCUCAAUGCGCUUUGAGCACAACAAAUGUUAAAUCUAAAGACAAAAAAACAGCUAGUGGCAUAGAUUCCGGCUUCGGGAUGGAUGACCUUGAAAUAUUUGCAGAUAAUGUUACAUCAGAUCCUGUCAUAGAUAAUAUUAAUGCUUUAAUAGCUGAUUUGGAUAAUGAUCUUGAUUCUUCUAAGCCUGUAGAUACCAAUAGUAACUUUAAUAGAGAACUAACACUUGAAACUAUGCUUGAAAAUAUAACUAGCCCAGAAGAUAAUGAAAAAAAACAAGACAGAUUUGAUGAACUACCUGAAAUCAAACCAGAUUCGAUAACAUUGGUAAAUAAUAAAAGUAACCCAAAAUUAAUAUGUCACGAAGAAAAAUCAGAAAGUAUUUCUGAAACCAACAAUCCGACCAUGUCAAAGAUAGAUUCAGAUGCUAAUAAUACUCAAUCUGUUCUCAACUUUCAAGAAAAUAAUACAGAGAGCAAAAUAGAUUCAAAAAAUUUGGAAAGCCAUCAAUCUCUUAAACAUGAAAAUAAUAUUGACACAGUUGAGAUUCCAGAUAAUACAACAAAAAUAAUUGAGGCAGAAGAUAAUCUUAACAGCGAAGCUAUUGUGUCGACUUCAGAAGAAAGAGAAAAACAAACCUUAGAAGCGCAGCCAGUGAAAAGCGCAAGCGAUAUCAGUGUUCAAAAUAAACCUGAUAGUACGAUAAAUAGCAAUGCUACUCGAGACACCUUGGACUCAGAUCAGAGAAACUUACCUGAUAGCACGAAUGACAUAAAUGACGAAAUUAAUUCUGUAAUAAGUUCUACCCACAAUAGUUCCAAUUCUACUAAUAUUAAUACGCUUAAUGCAGAUACAAAUUCAUGUAAUACACCAGCACCGAAAAAUAAUUUAGGUAAACUGUUAUCAAUAAAAAUAAAAGAGUUACUUGGUUUAUUGGGGGAUCAAUCCGGCGAUAAUGAAAAAAUUAAAAAGAAAUUAGAAAAACUUAGUGAAAUAGUAUCGGACGAUGAAGAGAAUACAGUUGAAGACGAAAUAGGUAAACAAAAAAGUGAUAUAAAAUAUGAAAAUAGUAGUGAAGUGGUCAGUUUUUCUCCAUUAUUAGAACAAGAAAAAAAAGAAGAGAUUGAAAAUAAGGACGUUGAUAAUAAUGAAUCCCUAAAACAGUCUGCAGAAGAUAUAAAAAGUGUAAAUGAUAAAGAGGAAGGCUUUUCUUCAAAAGAAAAUAACUGUGUUCCGGAAAUAAUUGAAAAAAGUAGAGAGGACAUUACUGCUGCACCAUCGGAAAUAAUCAAUGAAUCAAACAGUUUAAAUGAACAGAAAGAGAAGAAUUCAAUUGAGUCUGAAGAAAAUAUUAAUAAAAUAAUUGAGCAAGAUGUUCUAUCUUCGAAAAAAACACCAGUGAUCACGAAAAAGACUAAAAAAGGUAAAAAAAAGACAACAGGUAGGGUAGGAGUAACUAAUGAAGAGAGGCGUUUAACACGUUCAGAUGCUGCAAAUUUGCGCUUUGAUAAACAACCCACUGUAAAAAAACCAUCUAGGGAAUUGCAAAAGUUACAGGAAGAUAUAAGAGAAAUGUUUAUAAGAGAUGAUAUCUUAGGUGCCACUGGUAUAAGAAUGUGUCGCUUAGCAAAAUUGGUUGACGAAAGUAAGAAUCAAAAAGAAGAACAAAAUGUUGAAAUUAGUAACCAAGAACCAGUAGUAAUUCUUGAAAAAUGUAGUGAUUUGAAUGUGUCCGAAGAUACUAUAAGUACGGACAAAAUAACGAAGAAAAAGAUGGUAAAAGGGAAAAAAAAUACUUCUGAUCAAAAUGUUUUAAUUGAUAUGGAUAAUGCAAAAGGCAAAUAUUCAACAAAUAUUAAAACAAAGGUGAAAGACAAGAUAAGCGACGUAGAUCCAUACGUAUUUGAAACGGAUUCUGUAAAUGAAACUAAAAACGUAAGUGACAAUAAAAAUGAUAAUGAUACUUCAGAUUCUGAAAAUGAGUCUUUAUAUUCUUCCAAGAGUUUUGGUAGUACGGAGGUACUAGCUGAAGUAAAAAAAAAAGUUAAAAGGAAAAGAUCUAAGGGAUGGAAGGCGGGAAUAAUAAAGCCAAAGAAUAAAAAAAAGAAGAUUGAUCGUCAAUCGGACUCGGUUUGUUUAAUUGAUAAUAGUGUUGAAGUCUUGAACAAAACUAUACUAUCAGGUACUGAUUGCUUUACGGAUAAGAAUUAUUGCUUUGAUAAAAAUCUAUCAAAUUAUGAGUGUCGGUUAUGUACUUACAACGGGACGGACAUAGUGUGUCAUUAUAAGAAACAACAUCCUCAUUCAGAAAUACCACUGUCAAGAAUGAGUCCCGCCGUAGCGUUGGAGGCUAUAAAAGAGUCUGAAAAACUGAACUUUCAAGUUAUUAGCAAAGUCCCUUCAAAGAGAUAUAUUUGUAGAUUCUGUUUUAAAGAAUUCGGUGGAAAGAAACCCGUUCUAGAGUCAUUCUUUUGGCAUGUAGUUAGCAUGCAUACUGGUGAAUACAAACAGCUUUGUUCAGAGUGUCUAAAUGUGCAACGCUGUCCAUUUAGUAUGGAUAUUCCUCCACCCCCAAAAGAUAUUAAAGGUCAACUCCUCGGUUACGUUUGUGAAAAAUGUAAUUAUACACAAAUUUCUUUAGAAAAUCUAAAGACUCAUGUUAUAAUACGACACAAUGAUGAACAAACUGCAGUUUAUACAAUAAACUUAUCGGUUACCGCGAAAGGUACCAUAAAUAAUAUGUUAACUGAGGUUACAGGUACUCAAAAUACCGACCUUGAAAAUAGAUUGCCUCGUAUUCUUAGAAGUUCUCGAUCCAAUCAAAGUAUAGGAGAAAGCAGUGAUGUUAGAAGUGAUUCUACUGACGACUGUAAUCGAAGUCUAAAGAGACAAAGUACAAAAUCUGAAAUUGAAAAAGUGGUUAAAACUAGUAACAUUCAAUCUAAAAUUACAUUUGAAAGCGACAACACUGAUGAAAUAUCGAAUUAUGAUGAACAAAUUUCUAAGGUUAAAGUUGAACUAUCAAAUGAAAAUCUAGAAGAUGUAAAUUUUGACAAUUUACAACAUGAAUCAGAGCAUGUAUCAUUUGACCUUCCAAUUACUGCCGAGGAGACAGUAGAACCAUCUGUUUCGAACGAUAUUUGUAAUUAUUCUCAUUUUAAAAUUAAAUAUUCGGCUUCUGGUUCUAAAGAAUACAUAUGCUGUAUAAAUGGAAAUGAUUUACACUACCGGACAACACUUUUAAUUUCUUUUAAGAAACACGUACAGUUGAAGCAUUCGGAACAUUGGGAUGGUUAUUGUUUUAUAUGUAAAGUUAUUGUAACCCCUCAAGGAGUACAUUUAUUUAAAGAUUGUCUACAACAUUUUUUGGACCAGCAUAUUGAUAACUUUCCUGUUAUGGAAGAAAUAGCUGAAAAACCAUUACCUAAUGGUGAACCGAAACUUUCCAAUAAAUCUAUUAGUGAGAACGUAAGCACUAAACCCUAUAUUAACGUACGUCCUUUAUCAGAGCUUAUUUCAAAAACCAGCACUGCUCAAACAUCCGACGAAAGUGCUCCCCUAUUACCAGUUAUUGAAAGUGUAAUAAGCCUGGGAACUGGAAUUGAACAAUCUAGGCCUAGUCCUUCUUAUCCAAAACCAGAGACCAUAGAAGGUCCAAAACAGUUCAGACAUGAGGAAGCUCAAGCUGAGAUAAUGUCAAAGAAGCACCGAGUCGUUUUAGAAGCAAUGAUGUCUCACGUCAAAUUAGUUAAAGUAUUUAAAUGUGCGGGUCGCUUUUGUUCUUUCACAACAGAUAGUGCAGAGGAUGCGCUACUUCAUGCGUCAACCCAUACGCGAGUUGGUGGGGAAGAUUCACUCAAAUGUGCUUAUUGUGACUUUGAUUCUUCAAGUAACGCAAUUGACUUGAUAACGCACGUGUUUAAAAACCAUGGAUGCUGUCAAUAUGCGUGUGAAAUGUGUUUUUAUCGAGCAGCCGCUAGCCAGUUAGUUAAUGCUCAUAUUAAAAGGGUACAUGCAGAAGUUACCACGGCAAAAAUUCUCCAUACAACGUUACAAACAGCCCCUAUUAAAGAAGAUAAUAUUUUGUCAAGAGAAGCUGCUGUUCCAUACUACCUUUGUUGUGCUAGUAGCGGUUCUGAUGCUCCUUGUAAGUUCAGAACAUAUACACCGGGGAAGUUCUGUGAACAUUUACAGAUACGACAUUCUACUGCUACGGAACAUUCUUGUUUUAUGUGUUCAGCUACUUUAUCAACGCCAGCUGAUUUAAUACGGCAUUUAAAAACCCAUGGCCUCAAGUUGUACCAGUGCACCUGGUGUGUUUUUGGAGCCGAUAACGAAAUGGAAUUACUUGCACAUGCUUCAGCUAAUCAUCCUGAUAAACAGCCAAAAGCCUAUUUAAGGAUUAUUACAAAUAAGGAAGGCACAUCGGAAUUUAGAGUUUUGCCAUUGGCGCACUUAAACAAAUCGGAAAUACCGGCUAUUGAAGUUAUAUCAAGCAAUAUUAAGGAAAAUCCUGUAAGAGAAGCUGAAAGAUCAAUAGAAUUGGAAAAACUAAUUGGACACACGACAUUUAUGAUUGAAUCUAUGGCAACAGAGGUGAAAACGAAAACAACAGAGAGCAAAUUUACUAAUAUUGAUACAAACCCACACGUAAACGAACCACUCUUGGAAAAUAUGACCUUAUUACAAGAAUCCCAACAGAGAAUGGUCACUCCACCCCCUCAAAGUAUAGGCAAUCAAAGUACCCUACAAGAUAAUCAAUUGACACCCAUAUUAAAAAAUGAAAUAAUUGAAAUGACUCCUGAAAAAACAUCUUCUGAUCCAAAUAUUGUAUACUGCUUAGACAGUGACGAAGAAGAUUCCAGUCUAAAUUUAAUCGAUCUAUGCAAUGAUCAAACCGUAUCUAAUACACAAAUUAACACUCCACCGACCCAACCAAAGACAUUACCACUAACACAAUUAUUUUUGUGUGCCAAAUGUAAUAUCACUUGUAGAUGUGGCGCCGGUUUUAAAAAACAUAUUAUGGCCUGCUACAGUCAAAUACCUGAUCCCAUUCCGUGCGCGCAUUGCCCCAUGAAAGUAAAGAAAAAGCAUAUUGUAAUCCAUUAUACAAAAAUACAUGCAGAAGUUGCCCGGUCUUCAUACACAUGUUCCAAAUGCCCGAAAAAGUUUCUUAGUCUGGCCCAAGUGAGAGAACAUGACCGAAGUGACCAUUUAAUGAGUAGUUCCAAUAAUGUAUCGAACGUAGAUAAAGCUCCUGUAAAGACGCAAGUCAAACCGGCAACAGCGGGCAAACGGAAACGAUCGCUUGUGAGUAAAGAAAAAACUAUAGAACCACCAGAAAAAAUUAAAAGAUUUGGGCCCAAUGAUGUUAAUCUUUUACCGAUAAAUCCAAUUCUAGAUGAUUCUGUAUUCUGUUCUCUGUGUGAGUUUAGCACUAAAGUAAGACUUAAUAUGGUGAGACAUUUGCAGCUUCAUGCUGAACAACAAAUCGUUUCUCAAACUGCGCCAGUUAAUCCGGUGCCACAUCUUGAAACAAAUGAAAAACAUUUCGACAGGAUGUUAAAUCUUGCUUCAAGUUCUAUUAUAUCUCGAAUUCCAGAUAGAAGCAAAAUUGAUAGUAAUACCACAGUCACGCUCAUGAUACCUCCGGAAGCCGUAUCUCGUUACCCGAAAUACGUUCCCGAAAAACAUCGCCACACUUGUGGUGCUAAAGGAUGUUCUUAUAUAUCAGUUGACGAAUCUAUGUUUAAAUGUCAUUGGGAGACGUUACAUUCAGGCACAAGUGAUUAUCGUUGUGUCCAUUGCCCUCCGCAUCAACAUUUGGAUACAUCUAAGCCUUUGUCAGCUGUUCGAAUUAUAGCUCACUUAAAAAUGCACGAUGCAACAUUAUAUGCCUGUUCGGUGUGUUCAUACUAUCAUUAUAAACGUCAAAUCCUCGAAAACCAUUUGAAUGAUAUUCAUAAGGCAAUUGGACAAGUAAUGGUGGUGAGGGAAGAAGGCGUUUCACUACCCGUAAAUACGAGCCAGGCUCUGGUAUCAGCUCCGACAAUGGAUUUGAAACCUUGGCAAUGUGGUCUUUGUAAAUUUAAGAGCUUAUUGUGCCCCGAAGUUGUCGAUCAUUGUGCCAAAAUACAUAAUUCUAAGAUGCAAUACAAAUGUGCCUAUUGCGCUUUUAAGACUUCUAAUUCCGAGAAUAUUACUAAACACCAACAUAAAUCACAUUCGGACAAACCAGAAGAGAUUUUCUAUUAUUAUUACCGAGAGGGUUCUGUGCCGACGGAUCCAGACGGCAUACCACUAUGGCAAAAACAAUGUCAGAGAUAUGAUGUUUCAAAAAGUGCCGUAAAAUCUGAAGUGACGACUGAUGUAUGCCCAACUCCACAAAUUACCGUCACAAUAUCUAAGCCUUCAACGAUGGAGAUCGAUUUGAAUUUGGUAAAAACAGAAGUGAUAGAACCAGUUGAAGAUACAAUAGAAGAUUUGUGUAAAGAUUUUGGUGAAUUUUGUGAACCAAAUGGUCUGAAGUAUAAAUGUUCUUUGUGCAAAAACGUCGUAGAAGAUAGCGUCGACGCCAUGCAGUCGCACCUUUUCGAAGAACUUAAAUAUAGAAAAUGGGGAUGCAGUAUUUGUUCAUACAAAGCUUUCCACAAGGCUGGCCUCAAUGGUCACAUGCAGACUGAACACAGGCAAAAUAAAGAGCCCAUUGCCUUGCAGGUGGAUAAAAGAAUCGAGACUUGGGUUGCUAAACUCCUAGAAUAUCAAACGGAACUUAUAGAAAAAAAUAAAGAAAACCUUGCUAAGCAAAAGGAAGAAAUAUUGAGGGCUGCACCGGGUCCAUCCAGACCAAAGACUCCACCCAAGCGAACCGCAGAAUCUAAUGAAAUUAAACAAACUUCGUCUAAUAUUACGAUUUCAAACAAACCAACUAUGGUAGAAUUAGAACGGUUAUUUGGAUCGCUCGGAGCUUCCGUCAAUAUGUCGUUUUGCUGCCCUAAAUGCCAUUCUAUAUUUAAGGAUGAAGAUGCUAUGAAAAAUCACUUAGAAAGUGAAUUGAAUAAAAUACGAUGGGUUUGCAGUAACUGUUCGGUGACAUUCCAAACAUAUCACGAAGCGCAAUUUCACUGCAGAAGCGUCCAUCAAGGGCAGAGCUCGCGGCCCGUGGAAGUCAUUAGGGAUGCCGCGAUCCGGUCAGCCUGGAUCGAAGCAGUUAUCCGUGUUCAGAAACUCACUAUGAACUACGUACCACUGCCCUCCAAAAGUUUUGUUAAAGAUACUGAUCAUUCCGAGGAAAAAUCUGAUGUUCCAGAAAACUCUUUACUCGUCGUUCGUUACGAGGAAAGAAUACCUACACCAGAAGAACAAAUGGUGCGUAGGUCAACAGCUUUACACAGCACAGACAGCGAUGAUGAUAAAUUAAUUAUUGACGAGCCAAUAGAAAGCAAAAAAGCGAAGGCAUUGAAUAUUUGUCCACAUUGUGAAUACCAAACAAUAAACGCAAAAGUGAGUCGCACUCACAUUUUGCGACAUUAUAAUUUAAGGCCUUUUACGUGUUCAUAUUGUGGACUAGAUGGAAGCAAAAAGGCCUUAGAACAACAUCAAAAAAGUGUACAUUUAAAUCAACCAAUGAAGUUAAUAUACACGCCGAUACCGACAGAAUCACCUCUAGAUUUUUUGCAAAUUCAAUCAGCAAAUUUGAACGAUCAAACAAAACUUGUGUGUCUGGUUUGUCGGAAUGCAUUUACAGAAGCCGAUAUGGCAGUACACGUUCACGAUAAUAUUAAAGCAAGUUUUGGCAAGAAUGGAGAAGUUGUAGUCAAAUGCAGUGUUUGUUCUUCCUUACACAAGGAUAUUACUGCUUAUUUCAACCAUCAUAAAAGUCUACACGGUUCGAUAAGUGUUAAUUACGUCUUUGAAAAAUUGACAAUCAAUAAGGACACUGAACUUAAGUAUAAUGCUUCUAGGAGCAGCGACAAGAAAUUGUCCACAUUAAUGGAUUCGAAAAUGCGUGUCGACUUAAAUGAUUCUUCCAAACCCAUACAUACAGUAGAGUCAAAGCUUCAAGAACCAAUCCCAAAAAAAAUUGUCAUUGACUUAGUUGACGAAGACGAAGUAGGUACGAAAAGGAAAAAAUUGGACGUCUCAAUUUCGUCGCCGAGUAAAAAAGUAGCUAGAAAAUCAACCACCAAGUUACCGUUUAAAAGGCCAUUUGCAAAAAAAUCUACGACAAAACUGCCUUUCAACGUGGAUAGUGAGCCUGAGGAGUUUUCGUAUUACGGCACUAGACCCUCGACUGAUGAUCUCGAUGGAGUGACAACUAUGAUGUCCUUCUGGAACACAAUGAUGCCAUUUACUUUGAAGAAAUUAAGUGCAAUCAUAAACAUUAAUCCCGUUGUGGAAGUGGAAAUGUUGAAGAAAUAAUUAAAAUAUGUUUGCAGUGACAUUGAUUCGUAUGGAAUUAGUUGUUCUCUGAACGUAGCCAUAUUGUAAUGGCAGUGAUCUGUGAUUUUUUUCAUACUACAUUAUUUUAGUUUGUUCUAGAAUUUAAGGUAAUUUUUUCGAUUCUAUUCAGAAAAUAAAGCAUUUGUAUUUUGUUAAGAUCAACUAUUAGUACGUAUGUCCUAAGUGUAUUACUAAUUAAUUUUUAUUCAUUAUGAUAUUCGAUUAAAAUGUAAGAACAAGAUACAAAUAAGUGUUUAGACUUCUCGAAAUAAUUGUUUAAUUUACUGUUUACAGUAUGUUAUCUAUAAUUAGGUUCAAUAAAUAAUUAAUGACCCAGAUUUGUCA